UAAAAACAAAAUUAAAACUUGUAUACCUGUGUGUUUGUUUUUACAUACACGUUUCAAUUUAAUCGUUUAUAUCAUAUGUUUUUAUUUGUUAAUGAUUUUGAUAUUUUGAUUCAAACACGCGUGGACAACGCUAUACAUGAUGACUGUAUUCAUUAUGGCAGAUGACUUUUUGAUGGAGGUAUGUGUGGAUUCUGUGGAGUCUGCUGUCAACGCUGAGCGAGGAGGUGCGGGUCGACUCGAGCUGUGCUCCAGUCUUCUGGAAGGAGGUCUGACACCAUCUCUAGGUCUUCUACUGGUGGUGAAGCAGUAUGUGAAAAUCCCAGUAUUUGUGAUGAUCCGGCCUCGCGGAGGAGAUUUUUUGUACUCAGAGCAGGAAGUUGAAGUUAUGAGAAAGGACAUAGAGCUAAUGAAGAGCCACGGAGCUGAUGGCCUAGUACUGGGAGCCUUGACAGAAGAUGGACGAGUUGAUACUGAGCUUUGUACGGAUUUACUAGUUGCUGCUCGACCUUUGCCUGUCACCUUCCACAGAGCUUUUGAUAUGGUUGAUGACCCGAUCAUGGCUCUAGAGACUCUGGUAUCCUUGGGUUUUCAACGUGUGUUGACAAGUGGCUGUGACAGCUCUGCUUUGGAAGGCCUCCCACUUAUUAAACGAAUCAUUGAUCAAGCCAAAGACAGAAUCGUCAUCAUGCCAGGUGGAGGAAUCACUGAGAGGAACCUCCAGAGGAUUUUAGAAGGAUCAGGGGCCCAGGAGUGCCACUGCUCUGCCCGCUCUAGCAGAGAUUCUGCCAUGAAGUUCAGAAACACCUGUGUGACAAUGGGAGCUGCUCUCUCAGCACCUGAAUACGGCCUAAAGGUGGCAGAUGUCGGUAAAAUACGCACUCUGAAUGCAAUCGCCAAGAACACCCUGUGAAUAGGAAGUGAAUAUUAAAAAAAAAGACAUUAAAAUACCUCAAAAGUCGAACUGAUGUAAAAUGAUUAUUAUCUUACUGAAAACCAGAAUUAAUAGUUUUAGUAUUGAAAGAAAUUAGGAGAUGGUAAUCAGUUGCAUUAUCUGUGCAGAGAGACAUUCAUAAUUAUCUACCCUGUUUACAGCCUCAGAGAUGAUUUGAUGAAACACACAUGAUGAUUGUAAAAGGCUGUGAACCAGAAACCGAAGUGAAGCACUGGUUUUUGUAGCCACUGGUCAGUCACAGGUAAAUUGGACAAAUAUUGAUCGACGAUACUGCUAAUGGAUGACCAGUUUACAGUAAAAAGCUGUUUUUAAAAUGCACUUCUCUGUUAUACAGCUCUAUUUAAUCUUUAGUCAUCUUUCCUUAAGGAGGAUUAAAGGUUCUUCUUCCAUGGAGA